AAUGCUGCAAUGCUUUACGCAACCUGAAAUUUUAGUCACGCAGGCAGUGAUAAGAAUAUCUUUAGCCCAAAAUGUUGAGUCUCUCUCUUUUCAUCUUUUCUCAAUCUUUUUCCAAAUGUUCAAAGAUUCCAAUGAAAGGCUUUGAAUAAUUCUCAAGAUUUUUUUUUUUAAUCUCCAAAAAUUGAACCAAUCAACGUUAAAUUCCCAUCAUAACCUUGAAAGAAAACGUAAUGCCCUUUCUCAGCAUCCCACAAAGUAAAUAUCAACGGUGCUCCUUUUCUUCUACUUUCUGCCAAAUGAUGAUCACAUUCACCCAUCAAUUCUUUCUAUUUUUCUUGACAUUUUGCAGCACCAUAUCUUUUUCUAUAUAAGCACUCUCUUGUGCUUUUCUGGGUUUUGUAGAGCACUGAACUCCCAGUUGAGACGAAGAAGAUAAAGAUAAAGAGAUAAAAAAGCAAAGCAAAGCUGGAGCAGAGAAGAAAAAAUGAUGAAGUUGUCAAGAGAAUCAUCGGACGGUGGAGAUUGUUUAGAUCAUUGAAACAUAUGCCUUACAACGUUGUCACAGAUUCAAAUGGUGUCCAAAGGGUGACUCUCUCUCAUCAACCUCAUGGCUCAUCUGUUGAGAUACUCUUACACGGUGGAAGGAUCGUGUCGUGGAAGAAUGAACGAGGCGAGGAGCUUCUGUUCGUGAGGAACAAGAGUGGUGGGAGAUCACCUGCAGCAAUCUUUGGUGGGAUCUCCAUUUGCUUUCCUCAGAUUAGUAGUUUUGAGCAGCAUGAAUACAUCAGAAACAGAUUGUGGUCACUAGAUUAUGGCCCUGAUCUUGAUCAAGAAGAUUCCAACAACACACAGUAUUCAUCUGUGGAUCUCUUCUUCCAAUCUUCAGACAAGGACUCAAGAAUCUUGCCUUGUAGAUUCGAGCUGCGUGUGAAGGUCUCCGUUGGGCCGGGGAAGCUCGCCCUGACGCCCUCCGUGAGGAACGUUGGUGAUAAGCCGUUUUCGUUUACGUUUGCAAUGAGCAACUGCUUGUCUGUCUCUGAUAUCAGUGAGGUGCGCGUUGAAGGUUUGGAGACACUCGAUUUCUUGGACAAUUCGUUGCAACGGAAGAGGUUCACUGAGCAAGCAGAUGCUCUCACUUUUGAUGGAGAGGUUAACCGCGUGUACCUAAACACACCCUCAAAAAUAGCGAUCAUAGAUCACGAGAGGAAGAGAACGUUCGUGGUGCACAAAAAAGGGCUCCCCGAUGCCGUGGUGUGGAAUCCUUGGGACAAACCUCCUAGGAAUCUUGGAAGUGACUAUAAAACAAUGGUGUCUGUGGAUUCAGCUGUCUUUGAGAAACCAGUUAUGCUCAAACCUUUCCAAAUUUGGAAAGGUUUUCAAGAGAUCAACACUGUCUCAUCGAGCUAUUGUAGUGGCCAAUUGGAUCCGAAAAAGGUAGCUCAAGCGGCGGCCCAUGAAACUAAGCCCAUUAGAUAAAGCCCAAUUUGAAAAGUAUGCGGGCAAAUAGCUGACCCGCAAAGACUACAUUAAAAAAAAUUGGGAUUUUAUUUUUUGGAAAAAUACAAUUAGGAAUACAAUUCGGCUCUUUAUGAAUAAAAUAGCAUUUAAUACAUAUUUUGUACUUGUAUUGUUUUUUCAAUAAAUUAGAUUGACAUUAGCUUGACUA